AAAAACGAAGGGAAGAGAGAGGGAGAGAGCAGCGGCAGCCGGCAGGUAGCCAAAUAGCCCAACCCAAAGCUCACAGCGAGGGGGACUUGAGGGACAGCAUGAUAAGUGUGUCGAGGGAAUCAAUAGAAGGAUCAGAACUGUAGAAAUCUUUUUCUUCUGCAUCGUUUAUCCUCACCAGAAAAGUAUCAAAACCCCACCCGAUAAUCCGUUCUUCUUUUUCUUUUGGGCCUUUCUUCUAAGGUCCACCCACACAUUUCGAUUCUCGAACGAAUCAAGAGGGGAAGAUUUUUAGUUGAGAGUUGUUAAGAUCUCUCCCAAGGGCGAAGGCCCUAUCCAGCUAAAGGAAGAGGAAGGAAAAAAGGCAACGGAGAAGACCCCAUUCCCAUUCAUGGCUUCAGGCAGCAGAGCAACCAAUGCCCACCAAACCCACUCCUCCGGUGGAAGCAAUAUCAGACCCCACAACCACGCCGACUCCGUGAACAAGGCCAUUGCCCAGUACACUAUCGAUGCUCGUCUCCAUGCCGUCUUCGAGCAAUCAGGCGAGUCCGGUAAGUCCUUCGACUACUCCCAAUCCGUUAAAACCACCAAUCAAUCUGUUCCUGAACAACAAAUCACCGCCUACUUGUCCAAAAUUCAACGCGGCGGUUACAUACAGCCCUUCGGCUGUAUGGUCGCCGUCGAUGAAUCCAACUUCUUGGUCAUCGCCUACAGUGAGAAUGCCACGGAAAUGCUCGACCUUAAUCCGCAGUCGGUCCCCAAUCUGGACAGACAUGAGACUCUCACGGUUGGCACCGAUGUCCGAACUCUUUUCAUUCCAUCGAGUGCGGUUUUGCUCGAGAAGGCCUUUGGUGCCCGGGAAAUUACGUUACUCAACCCUGUUUGGGUUCACUGCAAGAAUUCCGGGAAACCCUUCUAUGCAAUUUUGCAUAGGAUCGAUGUGGGAAUUGUAAUUGAUUUGGAGCCUGCAAGGACGGAGGACCCCGCUUUGUCCAUUGCAGGGGCCGUGCAGUCACAGAAGCUCGCCGUCCGUGCGAUUUCAAGGUUGCAAUCGCUUCCGGGUGGGGAUAUCAAGCUUCUUUGCGAUACCGUGGUUGAGCAAGUGCGGGAGCUUACGGGAUAUGAUCGAGUCAUGGUGUAUAAAUUCCACGAGGAUGAGCAUGGUGAGGUUGUGUCUGAGAGCAAGCGGCCGGACCUGGAGCCUUAUAUUGGGUUACACUAUCCUGCCACUGACAUACCCCAGGCCUCAAGGUUCUUGUUCAAGCAGAAUCGUAUCCGGAUGAUAGUUAAUUGCCAUGCCACACCUGUUCGGAUAAUUCAGGCUGAAGGGUUUACUCAAUCCUUAUGCUUGGUUGGUUCGACACUCCGUGCCCCACACGGUUGUCAUGCUCAGUAUAUGGCCAACAUGGGUUCAAUAGCUUCCCUAGCCUUAGCAGUAAUUAUCAAUGGGAAUGAUGAAGAAAGUGCUGGUGGGCGUAACUCUAUGAGGCUAUGGGGACUUGUCGUGUGCCACCAUACAUCUCCAAGGUGCAUUCCCUUCCCCCUCCGUUAUGCUUGCGAGUUCCUUAUGCAGGCCUUUGGACUUCAGUUGAACAUGGAAUUGCAAUUAGCAUCCCAGUUAUCAGAGAAGCAUGUAUUACGGACCCAAACUCUCUUGUGUGAUAUGCUUCUCCGGGAUUCGCCUACUGGUAUUGUCACCCAGAGCCCCAGCAUCAUGGACCUUGUAAAGUGCGAUGGGGCUGCACUUUAUUACCAAGGGAAAUACUAUCCACUUGGUGUCACCCCUACUGAGGCUCAGAUAAAAGAUAUUGCAGAGUGGUUGCUGGCUCACCAUGGGGACUCCACAGGGUUGAGCACGGACAGUUUGGCUGAUGCUGGGUACCCUGGAGCAGCCUCACUUGGUGAUGCAGUUUGUGGGAUGGCUGUGGCUUAUAUAUCAUCUAGAGAUUUCUUGUUUUGGUUCAGGUCCCACACAGCCAAAGAGAUCAAAUGGGGAGGGGCAAAACAUCAUCCGGAGGAUAAGGAUGAUGUACAGAGGAUGCACCCUCGUUCUUCCUUUAAGGCAUUCUUGGAAGUUGUUAAGAGCCGUAGUUUGCCUUGGGAGAAUUCUGAGAUGGAUGCAAUUCACUCCUUGCAGCUUAUACUUCGGGACUCAUUUAGGAAUGCUGAGGGCAGUAAUUCCAAGGCUGUGGUUAAUGCUGAGGUUGGGAAUUUGGAGUUGCAAGGGAUGGAUGAGCUCAGUUCAGUUGCGAGAGAGAUGGUUAGGCUGAUAGAAACUGCUACUGCUCCCAUUUUUGCCAUCGAUUCACUUGGGCAGAUAAAUGGGUGGAAUGCAAAGGUUGCAGAGUUGACAGGACUUUCAGUUGAGGAAGCCAUGGGGAAGUCACUGGUUCAUGAUCUUGUUCAUAAGGAGUCUGUGGAGGUUGUCAACCAGCUUCUUUAUCAUGCUCUUAGAGGUGAAGAAGAUAAGAAUGUAGAAAUAAAGCUGAAGACAUUUGGCUCACAACAGCUAAAUAAAGCCAUUUUUGUGGUUGUCAAUGCUUGCUCUAGCAAAGAUUACAUGAAUAAUAUUGUUGGAGUUUGCUUUGUGGGUCAGGAUGUCACUGGUCAGAAAGUGGUAAUGGACAAGUUUAUCCACAUACAGGGUGAUUAUAAAGCCAUUGUGCAGAGCCCCAACCCUCUGAUCCCACCUAUAUUUGCGGCUGAUGAGAAUACUUGUUGCUCGGAGUGGAACACGGCCAUGGAAAAGCUGACUGGAUGGGGAAGAGGAGACAUGAUUGGGAAGAUGUUGGUGGGGGAGAUUUUUGGCAGUAUAUGUCGGCUAAGGGGUCCGGAUGCCUUGACAAAAUUCAUGAUUGUCUUGCACAAUGCAAUUGGUGGGCAAGAAACAGACAAGUUUCCAUUUUCAUUCUUUGACCGCAAUGGGAAAUAUGUACAUGCUCUUUUGACAGCAAAUAAGAGGGUUAAUAUGGAAGGCCAGAUUAUUGGUGCAUUCUGUUUCUUGCAGAUUGCAAGUCCAGAACUUCAGCAAGCUCUUGAAAUUCAGAGACAGCAAGAGAAGAAAUGCUUUGCAAGAAUGAAAGAGUUGGCCUAUAUCUGCCAGGAAAUAAAGAAUCCACUAAGUGGAAUACGCUUUUCUAACUCACUCUUGGAGGCUACGGAUUUAACUGAAGAUCAGAAACAGUUUCUUGAGACAAGUGCUGCUUGUGAGAGGCAGAUGAUGAAAAUCAUAAGGGAUGUUGAUUUGGAGAGAAUCGAGGAUGGAUCACUGGAGCUUGACAAGGUUGAAUUUUUAGUUGGGAAUGUUAUAAACGCUAUUGUUAGCCAAGUUAUGUUCCUUCUAAGGGAAAGGAGCGUGCAAUUAAUUCGGGAUAUCCCAGAAGAAAUUAAAAUAUUAGCUGUUUAUGGUGAUCAAGUGAGAAUUCAGCAGAUCUUGGCUGAUUUUUUGUUGAAUAUGGUCCGAUAUGCACCAACUCCGGAAGGCUGGGUAGAAAUUCAUGUUUGGCCUCGUUUGGGUCAGAGUUCAGAUGGAAGAGAGCUUGUGCAGCUUGAAUUCAGGAUUGUUUGCCCUGGGGAGGGCCUUCCUUCAGAUGUUGUUCAAGAUAUGUUUAAUAACAGCCAAUGGGUGACUCAGGAAGGUCUAGGGUUGAGCAUGUGCAGGAAGAUUCUAAAGCUGAUGAAUGGUGAAGUCCAAUAUAGCAGGGAGUCUGAAAGAUGUUAUUUCCUCAUUAAGUUUGAACUUCCUAGACCUCACAGAGGUUCAAAGAGUUUGGGUUAGAUUUUAUUCACCCAUGAGUCACGAAACUUCAGACUGCUUCUCAAACUUGACCUGUUGCUGUCUUGUUACAUCUACCAGGAGAGUUGCAAGGCAACUGCUUAAAAGGUUCUAACAGCUAGCAUAAGCAGUUCAUCCAAUCCAUGUCUGUGGUUUUUUAGGCACUGGUUUGAAGAAAUACGAGGCCUACUACUGCUGCUGUACAAGUAGUAACUGAUAUCCUUUUUAGUCUGAAGUAUGUAUCAUAGUAGGAUUACAUGGAAUGGACUCUGUCCUCAUUGAAGUGCACAGGGUGUGGUUGUCCUGAUUCAUUCAUGGAGAAGGCCCCAGUAGGAUGCGGUAUAUUUUCAUGGAAGCCAACGCUGAGGCUUCCAUGGUACACCUGAGUUGUUGAUCAAUGUGGAUCAUUACUUGUUUCCUUGUGCCAUAACUGUGUAUAUCUAAUGUUAUUUUUCUGAUGUUUUAUUUGAAUUUCAAAAGAUGUGAGUGAAAUUUUUACGGGCUUGGAGGAUCUUUUUGGCUCUAACUCAAAGCGGCAGCUUCUGUACAAUAAAAGGAUCUGUCAUGCUUUAUUCAUGUAUGCAGCAUCAACUCUGGCUGGUAAACUAAUCCACCAUAUGUAUUUAUUUGAUCAUUUUUCUGUU